AUGUCAGAUAUCUUACCAAUUUCCUGCGUCUCCUGCCGGAGAAGAAAGAUCAAAUGUAACAAGAAGAAACCCUGUGACCAAUGUAUAAAGAGGCAGUUGGUAUGUGAUUUCCCUGCCACUUUUAGAAAUAUAAAAAUCACUGAGGAUGAUUUCAUCGAUGAUAAUAGCCAAGAACGCGAUGCUGCUGCUGCUGCUGUCAACAUUCAGCCACCAGAACAUCAACAGCUAUACAUUGAAGCACCAGCUUCAACACAUCCUCUGCAUCAACAAUAUCAGCAUGCUCUCCAACAUCAACAUCAACAUCAACAACAAAUGCAGCAUCAACAACAGCUUCAAAAUAACCAAUAUCCACUACAACAACAACAACAGAACCAGCUAUAUCAACAACAUCUACACAAUCAGCAGUUGCAAGAGAAUCUAAAGCACCAAGCCGCAGUCAGUGCCGCUGCUGAAAGCCAAUUGCAAAAUAGGAGGCUACCGCCAUUGCCAUUGCAAGGAACACUGUCGGCAAGCUCUAGUGAAAGUACUAGCUCUACCUCAGUGCUAUCGACGCGUACAGACAAGACCUCCACAUCCACUGCAGCGGGAUCUGACUCAAGCAGCACGAAAGUUGGAGACAGCACAGUGUCGCCGGACUCAAAGCUGGAUUCGAGUUCCAAUGCCGUUUCCAAUUCUUCAGAAGGGUGCUCAGACUCGUCUUUAGGCACACCAAACCUGGGCAUGUUGCCCAUAAGUCAUCCCAUCUCUUCGUUUGCCCCAGCUACUGUUGGAAACCAGAGCCAAGACAAUUUUGAAAUAUUGAAGGAGAAUUUUGACAUGAUGAGAGCUGCAAACUCACAGUUGUUGGAUCAGAAUAGAGAAUUGACUCAAAGGCUAGAAGAGAUUAUGCAAAAGAUUACAGUUUCAGAUAACGACAGCAACAAUCAAUCAAUGAAGUCGCAAUCUGUUUCUUCAAACCCGGGAAGCAACUCUAGCGGAAGCAACAAGCGUGAACGGACUUCGGAUUCCUCGUCGGAGGAUUUGCCAUACAAGAAGGAAAAAGUUGGAUUCUUUGGCCAUUCAAAGGCAAGUUUUCCCAAUGACUCAGCGAGUGCUAAUCAAGGAAUGUACUCUACAAACGUGCCCAAUGGAGACGCCCAGCCAAAGGAAUCGUCGAGCACAUCGUCGGGCGGAAGCAGUGGCGACGAAGUUGGACAGCAAAUCUCUUCCGAAGCCCAGCCAUUGGCUCGCGAGCAAAAGAAUGCUCAGCAGCAAAGGAAAUUGCACAAGUUGAAGCAACGCAAUAGGUCAUUGUCUCAUGGGGACCACAAUGCCAAUGACUGGGAGAAGGAAAUCGAUACAUACCAUACUCAAGAGUCAAUCAAGUCGAAUAGAAUGGCUGAGAGGAGCAGCAAGAAAAAGAGACUCCCCAUUUUGCCAUCCUACUUGUUGAAAUACGAAGACCCCGAUAUCAGCACCGAUUCAGAUACAAUUCAAGAUGUAUUAAAACUCAAUUUUGAAGUCAUUGUGACUUUAGUUCAAAACUUUUUUGAUAGAAACCCAUACUAUCGAACGUUUAUUUCUGCAAAUCAGGUGUUUGGAUUUUUGAAGAAUUAUGAGCUCAUAAGCGAUCGAGAUUGGGAUAAUGAUGAUGAUUUGCUUUUGUUAUACAUGAUUUUGAGUUUGUCCAUUCAGAGGCUCAGUCCCAAGGACUUUGUUGAUUUGAACUUGUUACCUGCCGGAUCAAUCAACACCUGCACAAAGUACAGGAAGUUCCUCACUCGUAAUGUCUUGCACAAGAAUUUUGAAAGGUUGAGGAAUGGAUUGAUCAAUGAGUCCUUGAUGUCGAUUCAAGCUUACAUCUUGUGCACCGAGUGGUUUUUUUUGGAACAAAAAUACGAACAGUGUUGGACAAUGAUGUUCCAUGCUUGCUCUAUUUCAUAUUCCAUUGGUUUGCACAUUAUGGGUAACUACAAGUUGCUGGAUGCAAGGACAAGCAAGCAGCAAUUCAACUUGAUCAGUGCCACGGCCGAAGAUUCAGAUGUGAGCGAUAAGAAGGAGACCAUGUCAGGGUCCGAGGAAGAUGACAAGACGCGAGACGAAGAGCUGGACAUCACCAGAUCCAAGUUGUGGUUUGCCCUCAAGUAUUAUGUCUCGGUUGUUUGCUCUAUUUUUGGAAGGCCAAACCCAGUUUCUGUUCAAGUUGGUAUCAAUGGUUCAAACAGUAGCCUUGGUUCUGAGAUUCCAGAUAAGCUGGCUCACAUUUUGUUGAAAGUAGGUGUUAGUGAGUCGUUGCGAUUAUCCAACUUGAUGUUGAUUGAAAACUUUAUGAUUGAUUUCACCCUUCCCGACUUGCUCAAUUUGUCCAAAAAAUUUGACAAGGAGAUCAAAUUCCUCGAGGUCGCCUAUGAAGAUGAAACCUUGGGUGCCAAUAGCGGAGACGAAGAAGAUGUGUCCAGUAAUGAAGUUGACUAUUUGACUCGCGACGAAUAUACUGGUCAGCCGGCUAGGAUCUCGAGUUUGGAGUUGUUAUCCGAUAUUAUCGUUGUCUACAUCAACAAUGCCAAACUUUACGAACCUUUUAUCAGCAAGUUGGAGAAUGUCGAAGGCUAUGAUCAAGUUCUUAAGAACCAAGUCAACUCGGUGUCAAAGUUUUUGGUGCUUUUGAAUGUGUUUGUGGAAAAGUUUUUAAAGCAUUACGUUAGUGAGAACUUAAGGGACGUUGCAACCAGUGGUAGCGGCAACAACGUCGCUCCAUCGAGCGAAGAUGAUAGCAGAUCAAGCAGCAGCAGCAGCGGUCAUAGUGGUGGGGUUGGUGGUCAGCAGGCAUUAAACUAUGGUCCUGUCAAGUUUGGCAAGUUGUUCAAGACGUAUUUCCCAUUUGUCAACUCCUUCAUUUGUCAAGGAAUCAUUGUUGUGUUUACUUUGUUGCAUUACAAGUCCAAGGAAUUCGUUGCCAACGACAAAAACUCAAUAAUCAAUAAUGAGUUUUUGGGUUUGAUUGAAGAAAACUUGAACUCAUUGUUGAACUUUGAGCUGCGGUUAUCUACAAAGUACAUCACCACUUCAAGGAUGUGGUCGUCUAACAUGGUGUAUUUGAUCAAUCGCGUGUUGAACCUUAUCAAGUUGUUGUAUGAAAAGCAAGAAGAUGAUUCACUAGGCGAGGAACUCAAGGCCCGCAAGGAUGACAAGUCGUCGUCGUCAACAUCCAAGUCGAACGACUCUUCACCAGAUAACGUUCAGAUGAACUUGCCCAUUACCACCGCUAGAGGUAAUCUAUCCUAUUUACUCAACACCAAUCCGUUUGGCGAUCCAUCGCAGUUUGAAUACCUCAAUGGUUUCCAUUUGAAUGAUCCGUUUUGGCUAACCGUUCCCGAUAACUUGCCUUAUUAUUUGGGUUCGCCACCACCAGCCGAUGACAUCAGCAGGCAACAAAAUCGCUCGAUAGCAGGCUUCAAGUAUAAUCCAAAUCCUCAGUUGAAGCUGGAUUCAAGCAUUGCGACAAGCUCUUCGGGAGGUAGCAGUGCAAGUGCCAAUGAUGCAGCAGCGGCGGCAGCGUCUGUUGCUAACAAUGCUGCUGGCCAAGGUCCAAUGUUGUCGCAACAGCAGCCAGAUAUGUUUGAAUUGGGCACGCAGUACUCCAAUUGGAACGAUCCUUCGAUGAGGCAGCAAACUCCAACAACUUCAAACACUCCGAAUCUUGGAGUCUCGCCUUCAUUGAGCAACACGCGCAAGAGUGGAGGAACUUUGUCGAGUGGAUUACCUCCUCCAAUUAUACAACAGCCACCUCCUCCACUUAGCACUCGUCAUAGUCAUAGCCAUAGUCAUGGUCACGGCCACAGUCAUGGUCAUGCUCAUGGACACGGCCACAGCCAUCAUCGUCACCAGCAACCACAACCGCAACAACCAUUGCCUUCGUUGCCUUCGCUUCUGGCGACCCAGGCAGCACAACAACCUCCGCCGCCACAAUUGACAAGCUUCAUGGGAGGCGGGUACAUGUUCCCACAACAAAUUGGAUAUAGCCCAAGUCAAUAUCAAAGCACAAUUGACGAACAACAACAGCCACCACCAUCACAACAACCUUACAGCUUUAGCAAACCGCCCACCUCUAGCGGCAACAAAAUGGAGGAAUGA